AGACAGUUAUUGGCUGACCCAGCUGUCACUCAAUGGUGUCUAUGUGUCAAUGGGUUCGAUCGUUCAUAUUUCCGGUCGGUAAAAGUGAGCGGGGUAAAAGUGAGCGGGGCUCGUCUGUCCCGCCCCACUGUCUGAAGCGCUAUCUUCUCCGGGACGUGACGGUUGUGGUGAUGGACGACGCCCCUUACAGGCAGGAGGCGGACUCGUCUGAUGUGGUCGGUGUUGGUGUGUGUGACUCCGCCCCCCUGCUGUGGAGGAUGGAGGACCUGAAGACGUUGAGGAGGCGUGGCCUGGUGGGGGCGCUGCUGGGCUCACUGCCCCGGACGCCCCGACAGAACGGACGCCUGGGACGACCCCUCCGACUGCUGCCCGAGGAGGAGAGACAGCUGAGCGAGCAGCACGCCGCCGCCGCGCUACCCUCCGCUAACCAGCAGGAUGGAGGAGGGGCGGAGCAGCACGAGGAGGAGCGGAGGCGGAGCUACGAGGUGCAGAGUGUUGUCGCUCUGGAGGAGAGGAAGUCCGCUCUGCUCCGAGCAAUGACCUCAUCACACACAGAUUCAGCCUCUGGUCCUGGGACCUCGGACGAGGCCCUUGGGCGCCGCCUGGACGCCCUGGACCAGAGCUUCACCUUCCCUUGGGCGGCGCUGGCGGUCCAGCUGAGCACGUCGAGGGCGGGCUUGACCCACUGCCCAGUGGACCGGGCCGUCCUGCAGGCUGACUGGCCAAUCAGGGCACAGCCUGACACGUGCGGGGACAUCAGGUACCAGGUGUUCAGAGACUUAAGGGGGCGGGGCUUCUACCUGACCUCAGCAGGGAAGUUUGGAGGCGACUUCCUCGUUUAUCCAGGUGACCCUCUGCGUUACCACGCCCACUUCAUCGCCGUCUGUCUGUCUCUGGAUGAGUCGGUGUGCGUGUUGGACGUCCUCGCCGUGGCUCGUCUGGGAUCCAACGUGAAGAAGACGGUGCUGCUGUGCUCGCCGGGGACGGCCGGGGGGGUGCGGUACACGUCGUUACAGUGGAGCGGGAUGGUCUGAAGACCUGGAUCUGGAUCUGAUCCAGAUCAAAGGCAGCAGCCGGUUACAGGUGGGACAGGAAGGGAUUCGGACUCCCAGUGUGUCCAGCAGGGGGCACUUGCCAUGUUUACAACAUUUGAUUUCAUAUCGAUGACAUCAUGAAUCCUGUGAUUGAUUCUGAAAGUUUCAUUGAUGCAGCUUUAGUUUCUCAAUCGAGUGUUUGAGGUUAUUUCCUUUUGAAGUUUUCAAUUAAUGAUAAUAAAGAUAAAAUUGACUGACA